GCAUGAUGCCUUUCUUCUGCUAAUCCCAGGUCCACAAUCUAUCUACCUGCCGUUAAUUAUCCCAGAACCCCUUACCUCCGUACUCAUUUCCAAUAAGGACCCUAGACUCGCCCUUCCCCACAACCGUCUCUACCGAGUUGGUUGUCAGGUCGCUGAUACGGAUCUCACCAUGUAGGGCUGCCGCAGUGACAACAUUGCCGAGCUGGACCCUUGCACGUUCCUCUGUUAUGAUAUCCUUGGCGGAAUUCCUUCCCACAAUCGCGUCGAUCUUCUGCGCAGCCGCAUCAGACAUAGCUGCGUCGAUUCCCUCCGCCGCAUCCUUGAGUAUUGCUCGUCUGUUUCUGUCUCCGAGAAACGAGAUCUUUCAGCCGACGAUGCAGCGCUCGUCCGAUCGGCUUCAUAUCCUUAUCCUCGAACACCACCCGAUCCUGCUGGUCCGCAACGAGCUCGUAUCGCUUCGACUUCUUCUGGGCGGACUCGAAGAGAAGCAAGAUUUCCUCGACGAUCGAUUGCGCUAA